CCGUAUGAUUGUAAUCAUCAAAUGCCCAACUCUUCCCUGGAGAAGCACAUAGUGUCCUGUAGGCUGAGAAAACUGGAGUACUCUAAAGAGGAGGGCACUGAAAUGUAUGACUCUAUUUUUUUCUAUGAGAAGGCAAAGAUGCCUAGUGUACAAAUGGACAAGAAUUUGCAAUUUGAUAUUAUUAAAGAAGCCACUACUAAAGAGAGUGGCAGUUGUUGUCCAGGUGCUUAUUCCUCCCUGCCUGUUGAAGUUCCACUAAACCACAAGCAUUACAUCUGUGAUCUGACACAAGCCGUCCGCCUUCCAGUCUAUGAUUACGUCUUUACAGAAACAAAGAGUCAGAGAUCAAGAUCCCAGCUGACAGAAAAUGUCAAUGAUCUUUUCAUAGAUUUGGCAGCAAAAGUCAAUCAAGAUGAUGGUCAGAAAGGUACAAAGUUCCAUCUUGAAAUUCUUGCAGAGAUGCAGGAUUAUAAAAGACAACACCAGUCCUACAGAGCCAAGAAUGUUCACCUUACAAAGAAAUCUUACACAGAAGUCAUCAGAGGUGUGAUUGGGAUCCACAUGGAAGAGCUUGCCAUUCACUGUGCAGAAUCUUACAAAGAUGAAAACCCCUCUCUUUCAGCAAAGUAUUCAGGAAGAAAAGAAGAGCGAAGUCUGCCUCGGCUGACUCAAGAGUCUUGUAGAAGCUCAAAAGAUGCUGAAUAUUCUAGACGUAAGAGAACAUCCAGCAAAAGUCCAGGCAGAAGAAAAAGAAGUCAGGGAAGGGAGAGAGACAGAGAUGGAAGGAAAUGAGAGAGAGAUGAAGACAAGCAUCAUGGUCACAAAAGAAGAAAAUAA